UGGGAGCAACUGUAUAAACAAUCUGAAUUGAAACAACACUACUUCUGAAUUGCUUUAAAAGUUGAAUAUUCUUUUACGGAAAGCAGAGUGUCUUUUAUUGUUUAUUAGAAGUGUAGAAAAAUUUUUUGAAUCUUUUCCUGAUUAUUACCAAGUGCAGAAGGAAUUUUUUAAAUCUUUUUCUGUUUAUUCCGAGUGGAGAAAAAAUUUUGGACUCCUUUCCAGUUUAUUAUCAAGUGCAGAAAGAAUUUUUGAAUCAUGAAAAUUGGAUUUUCUUCAGUUCUGUUGAUUUUGUGUUUUCAAAGAGUAAUUCUUGCAAAAUAUGUACAAAAACCAGACGAUGGGGACAAAUUUAUGAGAAUUGUUUUACUGGAAGAUUCCGAUUCUGAAGAGGAUGAAAAUGUGGAUAUUAGAGAUUAUCCCUGGAUGGUUAGUGUUCUAGAGCGAAAUGCAUACAGUGGUAGAUGGAAUCACAUUUGUGGAGGCAGUUUAUUGACGACAAAUUUCGUUUUAACUGCACAUCAUUGUUUGCCGGAAAAUAAAAAUCCGGAUGUUAUGUCCAUACGUUCAGGUUCAAGUUCGCGAACUGGGGGAAUUAUUCACUCGGUGAAAGAAAUAAUUCCACAUCCUCAAGGCUAUGACGUGAGAUAUGACUUGGGUAUUUUGAAAAUUCAACCAAAAAUCCAAUUUUUGGGUGGUAUCAGUCUGCCUAUUCAAAUUUUCAUCGGAAAAGUGGAAUCUGGAACUCGUGGCACUGUUCUCGGCUGGGGUUAUGCGAAUUUGAUCCCUCCGAGACAAGUCAACUUUCUACGUAAAGCGGAAGUAACACUAAUGGGAAGGGAUUACUGCGAGAAAUUCACAGGAAGGGGAGAUUUUUUGCUGUGCUCCUUCGAAACUGAUGCUGGAGUUUGUUCUGGAGAUUCGGGUGGUCCUUUGGUAAUUAAUGAGCAAUUAGCCGGUGUUAUUUCGAUUGGUGGAUGCGAGAGUCUAUCUCACGCAAAUAGUUUCGUUAACGUAAGUUAUCAUCGCGAAUGGAUCGAGAGUGUCAUUGAACCAAAAUUCUCGUAGUAAUUUUCUUCUCCUAAUUUACACACUUUUUCUCGAAUUGUAUAUAUAAUUUCAUAAAAGUAGAAAGUAGAAAAUCAAAAACAGAAAAUAAAAAAUAGAAAAAAUUAAAUAGAAAAUAGAAUAUAGAAAAAAGUAAAUAAAAAAUGAAGAAUAGA